CACAACCCAGUUUUCUUGUAGCUGCUUUAACAACGAACCAAAUAGGGUUUAAGCCCUUGUAAAAGAAAUGGCGACGACUUUGAAUCGAUUUCUGAAGCAUAGAUCAAUCUCUGCUCUCUCGUAUCGAAAUCAGAAUCAAGGACUCUUCAUCUCCACUCGCUAUGACUCUCUCCCUUCGCAAAUGCCAGCUCUUCGAUCAACCACCCGCUCUUUCCUCGAUUUUUACAAGUUUGGGAACAAGAAAGCAAUUGAGGAUGAACGUGCUAGACUUAAUGAUGAGAUGAAUCGAGGAUACUUUGCUGAUAUGAAAGAAUUCAAGGAUCAUGGCGGUAAGAUAGCAGCGGCAGAUAAGACUCUAAUCCCUGCUGUUUCAGCCAUGAAAUUUCCGGCAUUGGCAGUGACUUUCUCUAAUGGAGAAAGCCUGACGUUACCUGUUACUCCCAACAGCAAUGAGGUUAACACUGAGGAUUCGGCUGUUCCAAAAGUUUCAUUGGUGUGCCUGUCUUUCAGAGCAAGCUCUCAGGAAAUGAUCAGCUCGUGGAGCAAACCAUUUCUUGAAUCGUUUGGCAACAGGGAAGAUCUUCAGUUGUUUGAGGUAUCAUUUAUAGACAAAUGGCUCCUGGGCUUUCCCCCCAUAAAAAAACUACUUCUCCGGGUCUUGCAAAAACCUAACAACAGCGAGAAAAAUGUCCUCAAGAGGCAGGCUGUUUACGCAUUUGGGGACCAUUAUCACUUCCGUAAACAUAUUAAAGUUUUGAACCUUCUCACUGGGUAUAUUUUCCUACUUGACAAAUCCGGGAGAAUAAGAUGGCAAGGUUUUGGAACAGCGACUCCAGAGGAAGUGUCUCAACUUCUCUCUUGCACCUCACUUCUCUUGAAAGAUCAAUGAGAGAUUGCUGCUUAAACCGAAGACCAUCUCAAAAGACUAGUGCCGCACCCUUUACUCGUAUGAAGGAUGUCGAAGAAUUAACUCUCCGAAGGGCACACAGAAGACAAUAAAGUAUCUCCUAUCUUUCGUUUUUCUUUUCAGUUUGAAUCGAUUGGUGUUAUCGGCACUUUCGAAUCAAUGGAGGUCAUACUCACUCUUCACUUGUUUCCAUUGUUUUUUAUACUUGCAUAUUGUACUCAUAUGAGAAUUGAAUGACCUAAAUUUUGUUCCUUAUACAAUUGGAGUUAAUUGGAAACAAAACAAAACCAAACAUCUAGUUCUUCGUAGAUAAAGUUCA